UGUUGUCAAAUUCAAGAAAAUGGCCGCGAAACAAAAUUCUUUAAUAAAUGAAGCCCAAACUACAUCUGAAUAUAUUCCUCUGACGUCGUUAGAAGAAAGCUUACUAAGCUUAGAGAAGCUAGAUCGAGCUUCCCCAGAGUUGUGGCCUGAACAAAUCCCUGGGGUGUCAGAGUUCGCAGCUUUGCAAAACCCUAACCAAUCGCCUCCGUCAUGGAAUAAAGGACUUACCAAAGACGACUACAAUUAUAUGCAACAGCUGGGAUCAUUAACUACAAGUAGCCUCAUCAUGGAGGUAAAGAAACUUCAUGAUCUUGCUUAUCAACUAGGUUUGGAAGAAGCAAAGGAGAUGACAAGGGGGAAAUACUUAAAUAUAUUCUCUUCUAGACGCCAGAGAUAAUAAUAAGGGGCUCUGUCUUAAAAAUAUACUUACAUAAUAAAUAUGAUAUUAAUAAUAUUACAUUUGUGGCAAAAUAAGGUAAAUCUUGUACUAAAAAUGAAGUUUUAAAAGUUAAAGUUCACUUGAUGUUAUUUUAAUUGUUAAGAAUGCUGAAUUUUAAGUUUGUUUCGAUGAGUUCUUUGUAAAUAUUGUACAGUUGGUGACUACUUUCAUUGGCUUGAUAAUGUGUUUUGCAUUAUAGCUUUGUUUGACUAAAUAUUUGGUGCUUUCGAAAAUAUUACAAAUAACUGAAAUAUCACAAUAUUUGCUUCUUUGUAAAAGGGCUGUGCAAUCCUACCUAGCCAAUGAUUAAAGGUUAAUGUGUAAACAUAUGCCACUAUGUAAAAUGUCAUUAUUAAACAAAGAAAUGAAAUAUACAAAUACAAAUAUACUUUCUAGAAAUAUAUAAUAUACUUUUAAAUAUUAUGUAAUAGUCAUUAGUUGUUAACGAUGUGUAAAAUCUUUAUAUAAUCUACUACUUUUAUUCAAGUAAAGUUGACGAUGAAGAAAAUAAUAUAUUUGUUUAAUGAAUUCUGUCAUAAUAACACAGACAAAAUAAAUAAGAUGGAAGCGACAUUAAUUAAUAGUAUGAAUUCAUAGGUUUUGUCAUUAUGAAAUUCAAGCAAUAACAAUUUUUUAAUUUAGCAGGUGAUUAUUUAAACAAUGCUGUGACUUAGUAGAAGAACGAAACGUUGUUCCACAAGUGAAAUUAAAAAUCCGACGUAUAAAUUGUCAGCCAUUUUUAUUAACACGUGCGAACUAAGCAACAGCAAAACAUUGCGGUGCAUUUUACACGGCACUGUGCUGCGGCACGGCGCCGUGCCGUUACACGGUGGCCGGUGCCGCACCGUAGACAUGGGUCCACGCCCUUAAUAAUACAAUACAACUUUAAUUAUUUUAAUUCUCUCAUUUUCUUUUCUCACGCAACUGUCACCGGCGCUAAUAAGACCACAAUUUUAAUAUAUUUUGACACUGUCCAAAACCCAUCUCUAUCACCGUCACAAAUUGUUUGUAGACAUGAACUUAUUAAACUAAGUAUAUUUUAUAUAAAAAAUAAUUUAUGUCAUUAUUGAACAUGUAAUGUUUUUGUAAAUAGUAGCAAAAUUAU